AUGGUGACAGCUUUGCAGGCAGAGACAUUAAUUAAUGUUACAGUUGUCAUGUUGCGACGUGGUUCUCACGUGGCAAAUAGCGAUGUGAUUCUCACGUCGCUACAUUGUGUAUUUAUCUACGCAAUUCACUUCACUCCACCACCAUUCAUUAGAACAACAACAGAAUUCUUUUUCGUUUCCUCUCCAAAACCAGAACCACAACCCUUCUCUCCUAAAACCAGAAAUCCAACCCUUCUCUCCCAAAAUCCAAUUGCAAUACCAAUUCAAUCCCAAAUAUUUUUCUUAUAUCAAAGCAGCAACCCCCCUUCUUCUCUAGUGAAAUCUCCAUGGAGAAAUUCCUAUGACGUGUUUGUGAGCUUUAGAGGUAAAGAUACUCGACUUAGUUUCACUGAUCAUCUUUUUGCAGCUCUCCAAAGAAAAGGUAUUUAUGCAUUUAGGGAUGACACUAAGCUCAACAAAGGUGAAUCCAUAGCACCCGAGCUCCUUCGAGCAAUCCAAGACUCUCAGAUUUUCGUUGUGGUUUUGUCUAAGAACUAUGCUUCCUCAACUUGGUGCCUCAGAGAAUUACAACACAUUCUUCUUCACUGCAGUCAACAAUCUGAAAAACGCGUUUUUCCAGUAUUCUAUGACGUUGAUCCUUCUGAGGCGAGACAUCAAAAAGAAACUUAUGGGGAAGCCUUAGCUAAGCAUGCAGAAAGAUUCAAACAAGACUCCGAGAAGGUGCAAAAAUGGAGGACAGCUCUCUCACAAGUCGCAGAUCUCUCUGGCUGGGAUGUACGUCAUAAGUCACAACAUGCAGAGAUUGAAGACAUUGUUGAUCACAUUAUAAAUAAAUUAGUUUCCAAAUUUUCAAGUCUUCCAAAAGAUUUAGUAGGGAUUCACCCUCCUAUGUGGGAAUUAGAAAAGAAUUUAGUUUUGGACUCGCUUGAUGAUGUCCGUGUUGUAGGAAUUUAUGGCAUGGGAGGAAUAGGGAAGACAACUCUUGCUAAAGCUGUGCACAACAAAAUCUCUCAUCAAUUUGAUGUGCAUUGCUUUAUUAAAGAUUUAAGCAGAAGUUAUAAGCAAGAUCGUCUGAUCAGUGCACAAAAGGAAACUCUACUUCAAAUUGCAGGUGAAGAACAACUUCAAACAUGCAAUUCUUACAACACAUCUUACUGGAUACAACGCAGACUACAUCGUGUAAAGGCCCUUAUAACUAUUGACAACGUUGAUCAUGCACAAUAUACAUUAACCAAACAACAACGAGUAGCUGUAUGUGAAUGGGUUAAAAACCUUAAGCUUCCAGAUGGUUAUGUUUCUAAUUUAAGUAGAUGUGUUGACUUGAAGGAAGCAAAGUUGUUUGGCAUGAAGAGUCAUGACUGCCAUGUAUUCAUGCAACGUUUGCUACCAUUAGCCUUCAAAGCCUUACCCAAACCGAUUUUGAAUACACUGACUGAAUUCAGCCAAUUCUUUAGAGAAAUUACGUCAUCUUUGUUGAGAGAGGAUAAAUUGCGUAGUUUGGAGGAAAACAUUCCAAUCAUAAUGUGCAAAUUAGAACAAAUAUUUCCUCCAAGCUUUUUUGACUCAAUGGAACAUCUUCCUAUUCAUUUAGCUUAUGAAGCAAGAGUUGGCGGUCCUGUGCAAUAUAGAUGGAUGUAUCCAUUUGAAAGGUUCAUCCGAACUUUAAAACAAAAGGUAACGAAUCAGGCUCGUGUUGAAGGUUCGAUUUGUAAAGCAUAUUUAUUAGAGGAGAUGUCCACAUUUGCUUCCUAUUACUAUCCACCCGAUGUUCCAUCAAGGAGAACAAGAGUGCCACGAAAUGAUGAUGGGGGAGAGGAUUUUUCAAUGGGUCCUCCAUUGUCAAUCUUUAAUUACCCGGGCCGUCCAUUUGGAAAAAGUACCACUUCUACCUUGGAUGAUAAGGAAAUGAAAGCUGCUCACUUGUAUAUUCUUUUAAAUUGUCCUGAAGUGGUACCUUACCUGGAUAUGCACUCUGAUUUGUUACGAGAGUUAGAUCCUCAGUUGAAUGAAACUGAUUUGGAUAAGCAAGUUUCCGCAUCAUUCCCAACAUGGUUCAAAACAUAUGUGCUUGAUUCAAGGAACAUGAUAGACGAUGUGCUUUUAAGGAGUUUGGCAUGGGGCCCUAUUAGAGAAGUUGUUAAAUGGUCUGGUUAUGUUAUUAAUGGCUACAAGUUUGUGACCAAAUCUCGAAAUGAAGGGAUGAGUACAACCAAUCACAAUGUUUGUGUUCGGGGAGGGCAAUUUGAUUCAUUAGAAAAUGAUUACUAUGGAGUUUUGAAUGACAUUGUCGAACUAGAGUACACUGGUCACCCGACAAAGAAGGUGGUUUUAUUUCAAUGUGAUUGGUUUGAUCCUAGUUCUCAAGGGACAAAGAUGGAUAACUAUGGAAAUGUUGAGAUUAAAAAAUCUAGGAGAUAUCAAAAUUAUGAUCCUUUUGUAUUAUCCCAACAAGCUGACCAAGUUUACUUUACAUCAUUUCCUGAAGGGCAACAAGGUUGGCUAGGAGUCAUAAAAACCAAGGCACGGAGUACCAUUCAAUCUAUGGAAAAAAACAAACAUGAAACAACUGAUGCAUAUCAAGAUGAUGAUGUUCAUCAAAUACCUAUAGUUGUUUCAAAUGAUGAUGAUGAUUUUCAUCAAAUAAAUUAA